AUGAGCGACUACGAAGUGACCCUGGUCAACGACAACACACCCUUUGAGGGCGGUCUGUGGAAGAUCCACGUUGAAUUGCCCGACAAUUAUCCCUACAAGUCACCUAGUAUCGGCUUUGUGAACCGCAUUUUCCACCCCAACAUUGACGAGCUAUCUGGCUCGGUGUGUCUCGAUGUCAUCAACCAAACUUGGUCGCCCAUGUUCGAUAUGAUCAACAUCUUCGAAGUGUUCCUGCCACAACUGCUGCGGUAUCCUAACCCGGCCGAUCCGUUAAAUGGUGAAGCAGCAGCCCUGCUCCUAAGGGAGCCGAAAAACUACGAAGCCAAAGUCAAAGAAUAUGUGAAGAGAUACGCAAAUCAGGAAGCAGUGGACGACGCCGGCCGCGAGUCGGAGGACGAUGACGCACUGUCCUCGGUAGCAAGCUUCGACGACGACGACGACGAGCCCGCUGGUCAAAUGGACGACGUAUGA